AUGAUUUGGUAUGUGGCCACUUUGAUAGCAAGUGUAUUCAGCACCCGAGGAACGGCCGCUCAAGGUGCCCACGGAGUGCGAGAGGAGCCCCAGUUUGUGACGGCGCGCGCAGGAGAGAGCGUCAUCUUGGGAUGCGACGUGUCUCACCCCCUGAAUGGACAGCCCUAUGUGGUGGAGUGGUUCAAGUAUGGCAUGCCGAUCCCUUUCUUCAUCAACUUUCGCUUUUACCCUCCUCACGUGGAUCCAGAAUACGCCGGUCGGGCCAGUCUGCACGGCAAGUCCUCCCUGCGGAUAGAGAACGUGCGCUCAGACGACCAAGGCUGGUACGAGUGUAAAGUUCUGAUGUUGGAGCAGCAGUAUGACACCUUCCACAACGGCAGCUGGGUGCAUCUAACCGUCAAUGCCCCCCCCACAUUCACAGACACACCACCUCAGUACGUCGAGGCCAAGGAAGGGGGGGGCAUCACUUUGACUUGCAUGGCCUUUGGAAACCCGAAACCCUCUGUCAGCUGGCUGCGGGAAGGCAGCCUGAUGGUCAGCAGUGCCAAGUAUAAGGUUUCUGAUGGGAGUUUGACGGUUUCAUCCAUCACCCGGGAAGAUCGUGGGGCCUACACGUGCCGGGCCUUUAGCCCCCAGGGGGAGGCCGUCCAUACAACACGGCUGCUAGUACAAGGCCCUCCGUUCAUCGUUUCGCCGCCAGAGAACAUAACGGUGAACAUCUCGCAGGAUGCCUUCUUUACCUGCCAGGCGGAGGCCUAUCCUCGCAACCUGACCUACACCUGGUUCUGGGAGGAGGACAACGUCUUCUUCAAGAACGACCUUAAGAGGAGAGUCAGUAUUCUCAUUGACGGUUCUCUCAUCAUCGCCCAAGUCAAGCCAGAGGAUGCUGGGAAAUACACCUGUGCUCCCAGCAACAGCCUGGGCCAGCCGCCGUCUGCCUCGGCCCACCUAACAGUGCAAUAUCCUGCCCGCGUGAUGAACAUGCCAUCUGUCAUCUACGUGGCCAUUGGUCUGCCAGGAUUCAUCCGCUGCCCAGUAGAUGCCAACCCUCCUGUAACUCUGGUUAAGUGGAAGAAAGACGGCCUCCCCCUGCGGAUAGAUAAGUACCCUGGAUGGAGCCAGAUGGACGACGGGAGCAUCCGCGUGGCAGAGGUGACGGAGGACUCUCUGGGCACCUACACCUGCAUGCCUUACAAUGCCCUGGGCUCCAUGGGAUGGUCCCCUCCUGCUCCCCUGGUGCUAAAGGAUCCUCCGAAAUUCUCAGUGGUUCCUGGAGGGGAGUAUAGGCAGGAGGCUGGGAGGGAGCUGGUCGUCCCCUGUGAGGCGGAGGGAGACCCCUUUCCCAACAUCACAUGGAGGAAGGUAGGGAAGCCCAGUAAAAGCAAGCACAAUGUUCUGCCCCGGGGCAGCUUACAGCUGAAGUCGCUCACAAAGGAGGACCACGGGGAGUGGGAGUGUGUCGCCACCAACGUUGCCACGAGCAUCACUGCCAGCACGCAUGUCCAAGUCAUAGGCACAAGCCCCCACGCCCCCACCAGCGUCCACGUGGCGGCCUCCUCCACCUGGGCCAACGUGUCCUGGGAGGCCGGCUAUGACGGAGGCUUCCAGCAGACAUUCUCAGUCUGGUACGGCCAUGUGCUGAAGAGGGAGCGCUUAGGUCCACAUGACUGGCUUUCCAUGCCUGUGCCUGGAGGACACGACUGGAUGGUGGUGCCUGGGUUGGAGCCAGAGACAACAUACCAGUUUAGUGUCCUGGCCCAAAACAAGCUUGGCAAAGGCCCCUUCAGCGAGGUUGUCACUGUGAACACACUAGUAUUUCCUAUAAGUACCCCUGAACCAUUGGUGCUGCUUACCCCACCACGGUGCCUCACAGCCAAUCGCACGCAGCAAGGAGUCCUGCUCACCUGGAUCCCACCUGCCAAUCACACAGCACCUGUCCAGCAUUAUGUAAUGGAGUUUCGUCUGGGAGAACGAUGGGAGAUCUUGGACGACGGCAUUCCUCCCGGGGAGUUGGAGCUGCUCGCCCGAGACCUCAUUCAGGAGGCGUGGUAUGAGUUUCGUGUCAUGGCCGUGAUGGACGACAUGAUCAGUGAGCCCAGUAAUGUGGUUGGAGUGUCCAGCACAGACUUCUUCCCGCCUCCAGAGUUGGUGGAGGAGCGUGGACUGACUCGGCCCGUGGUGGCUGGCAUCGUGGCCACCAUCUGCUUCCUUGCAGCGGCCGUGCUCUUCAGCACGAUGGCCGCCUGCUUCGUCAACAAGCAGCGCAGGAAAAAACUCAAGAGGAAACGAGACCCCCCUCUUUCCAUAACCCACUGCAGGAAAAGCCUGGAGACUCCGAGAUCUCUUAGUUUCUUUGCCAGCGUUGAGCCCUACUGGGAAGGGCUGGACGCAAGGUCAUCUUCUGGUAAGGUGAGCCCUGAGAGCGUUCGGUCAAAGGCAUCACCAUCGGACACAUCUGAAGACUGUCACGAUCAGCGUGGGAGGAAAACUCCUGUAAGUCCGGAGAAGAAGGAGGAAAUGUCUUUAUACAAAAAGACCAAACGAGCAAUAACAAGCAAGAAGUACAUCUCCAAGCAUGAAGCCGAAGCAACAACGCCUAUUGAACUCAUCAGCCGAGGCCCAGAUGGAAGAUUCGUCAUAGAUCCCAACGACAUAGAAAUGGCUGUCAAACCCCGGCGAAUCGAGGGAUUCCCCUUUGUGGAGGAAUCAGACCUUUAUCCAGAAUUCCGGCAGUCGGAUGAAGAGAAUGAUGACCCCCGGCCUCUUCCGCCGGUCAUGGCCCCCCUACGGCCCCACCAGAUUUCGCCUAUCUCUAGCCAGGAGUCCUACAUGCAGCCUCCGGCUUACAGCCCUCGAUUCCACAGACCCUUCGAAGGUAUGACCAUCAUGGAGAGCAGUCGGCUCCAGGCCUCUGGACAGAUCCGAGGCUCUCUACACCACAGGGCUUUCUAUGGCUAUUUAGGACAUCCUGGAGAUCAUGAUCCCCCGCCUCCCUUUUACCUGCCGGAGUCCAGUCCACUCAGCUCUGUCAUGUCCUCCCCGCCAUACCUUGCUGAAGGUCCUUUUGCGCACCCUAUGAUUCCUGAAGAAAUGGGAGAGGGUGAAUAUCCACAGUAUGCCGUCUCCAGCUUCCCACUUCCUCUGACGCUAACCCCUUCGUCUCGUUCUCCAGAGGUGUGGCAGGGACUGGAUUUUACCUUUUCAAGUCUGGAGGGGCCUCAGUUCAUUUUUCCACCACACCACCCUUUGCAUCUUCGCCACGACCCUCCUUAUCCCCCUCCACCUCAUGUCCUUCCCCUCAGCGCUUUCCAGCCCUCCCCCCUUCCAAUGCCCACAUACCCAGCUGUCCUGCCUCUGGAAGCUCCAAAGAGCCGCUCAAGCAAGUCUCCCAGCAAGGCCAAGCCUCAUGGCUCUCCAGCCAGGCAUUUAGCUAUGCAAGAGGCACACUUAGGGCAGCUAAGACACACAGGCCACGGUACAGGUGUGCCGGUUUUGCCUUACACCGACCCAAUGGCCCACAUAGUCCCUAGCACAUUCAGCAGCCUGGAUACACGAUGGUUGGAAACCCCCCCUCGCUUUAGCCCCAGGCAGACUCGUAGGAUGGAUCCCAGCAUGCAUCAAGUGGUUCUCCAGCCCUCUCGACUCUCCCCCCUUACCCAAAGCCCGCUUGGCUCUCAUGAGGGCUCCCCAGAGAUUGUUGUACGGCCCAGGCCACGUCCCAGCAUAGCCCAGCCUCCCUUACGCCCAGAGAUGUCUGAAAUUACCCUCCUCCCGCCCUCCACAGCCAGCUUUUCAAGGAGAUCAUCCCCCUCAUCCUCACCUGCUCUUGGCCAGGGUAGCAGGAGAGCAAGCCCCAGCUACCGUUCCCACAUGGCUUUUGCCACCUCUGCAACCAGCUACCCAGCUUCCCAGUCCCCAUCACCUCCCAUGGAAAGCAGCAACUUAUUUGGGCAGAUGCCAUCUCAGAGGAGGACUGAGGAGGCGAUCCUUCCAUCUGAGCCCUCUCCACCCCAGUUGUCAGCUUCAGGAAAACGUCGAGGUGUGCCUAGUGCCCAUUCGGGGUCUGAGAGGAUUGAUGCAUUGAGAUACCAACGUAUUAAAAAGGCCAAGAAGAUGACCAUGAACAACAAUAACUCCAAGACCAGGAAGAAAGCAGGUGUGUCCACCUCUCAGACCCAGCAGGCCUACACCUCUCAGGUACUCCAGCCCGAAGAAGCUCUCUACCUCCGCAAGAAGAAGAAACGGCCCAUUCUCGUCGACCCGUACACCCGCUUUUCUGCUCUGCUCUACCGCCGCCCACCUCGAGAGGACCAGAAGGCCAUUUUAGCUAGUAUGGACACCAUGGACCCAGACCAUGCCACCCUCCUCUGA